GGCAGGGCAGCUACAGGAAGAUCGGGGCUGUUGGAUUUUGCAGGCCCAGGCUCUGCCGGGUGGCCUGCGGGGCACCGGCUGGGACAGUGGCUUCAGGGGUGGAGGGAGAUGUUCCCUGAGGGUGAGGAGUCGGGGCUGAAGCCCAGUAUCCAGGCUGCCUGGGUCCAAAUCCUGGCUGUGUGGCCUUGGGCAAGCUGCUGGCCCUCUCUGUGCCUCUGUUGAGAUGUUUAGAUGAGCUCAUGUACAUAAAGUGCUGUGGAUGAUGCUGUGUGCUUAAUAAACACCUGAUAAAAGUUAGACCUUAUGUGAUGCUCAGUGACGUGAGGCGGACACAGAAGGACACUCACUGUGUGGUCCACUCACAGGAGGUCCCCAGAGGAGCCACAUCCACAGACACAGAAAGUGAAUGGGGGGCCAGGGGCUGGGGGAGGGGUGGAGUCAGUGUUUCAUGGGGACAGAGCUUCAGUUUGGAGAGAUGGAAAGUUCUGGAGACGGAUGGAGGGGAUGGUUGCACAGCAACGUGAAUGUGCUUCAUGCCGCUGAGCUGUGUGCUUAAAAAGGGUUAAAACGGUUACUCUUCUAUUAUAUAGUUGUAACCACAACAAUAAAAAAAGAUGGAACUAGGACGGAUAAAGACAAUAAACAGUGUGGGCACUUUAUUGAAACUUAAAAACUUAGCCCUCCAGGCCUGUUAGCUCAGGGCCAAUCUUCCUCAAAGCAAACAAAAAAACAAACAAAAGUUAGCCCCGCCGUUGAGAAUGCGCCAAGAGUCUUCCAGCCUCAGGACCUUUGCAUCUGCUGAGGGUGGGGAGGAGGUGGCCCAGAGUGGGAAGGGCGAAACCUCAAGAAACGAGGGUCCAGAGACCCUUGGGAGGAGUGACUGCAGACACACACGCGUGCCCCGGCAGUGCCACUCUUGUCCCCACCCGACCCCCCAGCAUCAGCAGCAGGUGCUCCAGGCCGUGGAGCGGGCCAAGCAGGUGACCGUGGGGGAGCUGAACAGCCUCAUUGGGCAGCAGCAGCUCCAGCCGCUGUCCCACCACGCCCCCCCUGUGCCCCUCACCCCUCGCCCGGCUGGGCUGGUGGGCGGCAGUGCCACAGGGCUGCUGGCCCUGUCUGGAGCGCUGGCCGCCCAGGCUCAGCUGGCCGCGGCUGCCAAGGAGGACCGGGCAGGCGUGGAGGCCGAGGGGUCCAGAGUGGAGAGAGCCCCGAGCAGGAGCGCAUCCCCGUCGCCCCCUGAGAGUGUGGUGGAAGAGGAGCGACCGGCUGGCCCUGGGGGCAACGGGAAGCCACGGGCCGAGGAGAAGGAUCUGUCGGGACCUUACGAGAGCGACGAAGACAAGAGCGAUUACAACCUGGUGGUGGACGAGGACCAACCCUCAGAACCCCCCAGCCCCGCCACCACCCCCUGCGGAAAGGCGCCCAUUUGCGUCCCCGCCCGUCGCGACCUCGUGGACAGUCCGUCCUCCUUGGCCUCCAGCCGCGGCUCACCGCUCCCCAGAGCCAAGGAGCUCAUCCUGAAUGAUCUUCCCGCCAGCACUCCCGCCUCCAAAUCCUGCGACUCCUCCCCGCCCCAGGACGCGUCCACCCCCGGGCCCAGCUCGGCCAGUCACCUCCGCCAGCUCACCACCAAGCCAGCGUCUUGCACGGACAGUAUUGGCCUGAGGAGCCCCCUGACUCUGUCCAGUCCUUUCACCACGUCCUUCAGCCUGGGCUCCCACAGCGCUCUUAACGGGGACCUCUCUGUGCCCAGCUCCUACGUCAGCCUCCACCUGUCCCCUCAGGUCAGCGGCUCUGUGGUGUAUGGACGCUCCCCCAUGAUGGCAUUCGAGUCUCAUCCCCAUCUUCGAGGCUCAUCCAUGUCGUCGUCCCUGCCCGCCAUCCCCGGGGGAAAGCCGGCCUACUCCUUCCACGUGUCCGCGGACGGGCAGAUGCAGCCGGUGCCCUUCCCGUCGGACGCGCUGGUGGGCGCGGGCAUCCCGCGGCACGCGCGGCAGCUGCACACGCUGGCGCACGGCGAGGUGGUGUGCGCCGUCACCAUCAGCGGCUCCACGCAGCACGUGUACACCGGCGGCAAGGGCUGCGUCAAGGUGUGGGACGUGGGCCAGCCCGGCGCCAAGACGCCCGUGGCCCAGCUCGACUGCCUGAACCGGGACAACUACAUCCGGUCCUGCAAGCUGCUGCCGGACGGCCGGAGUCUGAUCGUGGGCGGUGAGGCCAGCACGUUGUCCAUCUGGGACCUGGCGGCGCCUACCCCCCGCAUCAAGGCCGAGCUGACCUCGUCGGCCCCCGCCUGCUACGCGCUGGCCGUCAGCCCCGACGCCAAGGUCUGCUUCUCCUGCUGCAGCGAUGGCAACAUCGUGGUCUGGGACCUGCAGAACCAGACCAUGGUCAGGCAGUUCCAGGGCCACACGGACGGUGCCAGCUGCAUCGACAUCUCCGAUUAUGGCACUCGGCUCUGGACGGGGGGCCUGGACAACACUGUGCGCUGCUGGGACCUGCGGGAGGGCCGCCAGCUGCAGCAGCACGACUUCAGCUCCCAGAUUUUUUCCCUGGGCCACUGCCCCAACCAGGACUGGCUGGCCGUGGGCAUGGAGAGCAGCAACGUGGAGAUCCUGCACGUCCGCAAGCCCGAGAAGUACCAGCUGCACCUGCACGAGAGCUGCGUGCUCUCCCUCAAGUUCGCCUCCUGCGGAUGCCCAGUGAAAUCUGAAUCUGGGACAAACGACACAUCAUUCGUUGGUAUAUCUCAAGCAUUGCAUGGACUGUGCUUAUACGGAAUGACAAAUCAUUUCUUUGUGGCGGUGGUUCGUGAGCACCGGCAAGGACAACCUGCUCAACGCCUGGAGGACGCCGUAUGGAGCCAGCAUAUUCCAGUCCAAGGAGUCGUCCUCCGUGCUGAGCUGCGACAUCUCGGGGAAUAACAAGUACAUCGUGACGGGCUCGGGGGACAAGAAGGCCACCGUGUACGAGGUGGUCUACUGAGACGCCCCCCUCGCCCGACUUGGGAGGGAGGGGCGUCCGGGACAGAGACCCCAACCCCACCCCCUCCAGUCGUCCCUGGGACCCCGAAAUCCCACCUUCCCCUGCCGGAUGUGGGCCGAGCGGGCAGGAGGCCUUUGGGGAAAUAAAUGUAUUUA